GAGAAGGACCGGGAAAGGAGGCUGCAAGGAAACGACCUGAUUACUGCAGCGCGCCGGGAGGGGCGCGCAACCGGCGACCCUGGGUUGGGGGUGGCAGACUCUGCAGCGGGUCUCAGCCUCCGUUCCCGGUAUUUCUUCACCUUCCUUCCAUUUUGGAGCCGGAAAUGGUGGCUGUGGGAACUCGAAGGAGGAGUGGGGAGGGGACCGGGCGUCUGCUGCAGAGGAUAGAGACAGGGAUUAGGUGUGGGAAGCACGCCCCUUCUAUGGAAGAGGCGAUCCAUUGCGUGUGCUAUGGACUUCUGAACAUAGGUCGGAAGCAGGAAACAGUUUCUGGUCGCUGCAGGUCGGUGUGAGUGUGGGCGCUGCCUGCGGACGCUAGGGUAAGCCUGACAAAGCGCUGACGCCACAACGGGGAUAGGUUUGCUAUGCCCACGUUACCUCUUCGCCCUUCAUCCAUCUUGAUGCAUAAAAUGGUCUUUAGGUCCGUUGCUGCAGCAGAUUUCAAGGCUGAGAGACGAAGACUGCUUCUGAUCCCUGCAGGAAGAAGAAGCAGGGGAAAAAAAUCUCAAGAUGGAAAAGGACCCCAAGGAAAGGAGAGAAGAGGAGCAGGCUCCAGUGUGGAAUGAAGAAGCUUGCCCUAUGGGAGGUGGUGAAGGCCUCAAACCUAGAGAAAAUGUUAGAGGGGAUUGGGACCCACCUGCUCAGGAUUUUAGAGAGGAUAUGCCCAAUGGGCUUGUCAAUAACAUUGACAUCAUAGAUGGGGAUGCUGAUGAUAUGGAGAGGUUCAUGGGGGAGAUGAGAGAGCUAAGGAGGAAAAUUAGGGAGCUUCAGCUGAGGUACAGUCUGCGCAUUCUUAUUGGAGAUCCUCCUCACCAUGACCAUCAUGAUGAAUUUUGCCUUAUGCCUUGAAUGCUGAGGUUAAUAAUCAUAAACCCCAUGCUUUGCAAACUUGCAUUUUCUUGAUAUACCCUUUAUUCUGAACCUUCCAUGUUCUGUCAUUUUUCAGAUUAGUGAUUUCAUUUUCACUUUUGACUUUGUAAGAAUUUAUGUCAACUUGCAGAAAAGCAGGGGAGAUAUUAUGAACUUGCAUGAAAAGAUGUCUAUUACAUAUUGUAAAGCUAAUAAAGCAGUUCAAAAAGCAGUCAGUAGAUAUACUAUCUCAUUUUAAAGCAUGCAUUAUAUAUAUAUAUAUCUGAAUGUGUCUUUUUAUUUUCUUGAUUAG